UUUUGGGGAGAUGAAACCAAAACCAAGAGCCAUGCCACUCUCCGUCUCUUCUGUUGUCUGUCCUCUCUAUUUAUGCACCACCUCUGCUUUCUUAUCCCAGCAGCAAGCGAAAUUAAUACAUUCGUUUUGACGAACUCGAAGAAUUAGAGAGGAGAAGAGAUAUUUAUAGCGAGACAGAGAUGGCUUCGGUGAAGAAAGUUUCGGUGUUGGUGGCGGCCAGCGUGGGCGCCGUGGAGGCGCUCAAGGACCAAGCUGGGUUGUGCAGGUGGAACUAUGGCUUGAGGUCCCUGCAGCAGCGUGCCAAGAGAAACAUGGGAUCGCUGUCUCAGGCCGCGGCCAUGUCGUCGUCCGUCUCUGAUAGGAGAAGCAGGGAGCAAGCUGAACGAUCGGAGGAGUCGUUGAGGAAGGUGAUGUACCUCAGCUGCUGGGGACCUAAUUAGCAGUGCUUGGAAAGUUAAGAGUUCGAGUUGUGUGAUUGUAAAGUUACAAAGAGCAUCAAUCGAAUAUAUAUAUUUCGGUUUAUUUCUUCAA